UAGAUUAGUAACUAUGCGCGGAUCCGAUCCUUUUCCACAUCCUUGGUAGCUUCCAGAACUGUCCUAAUUAAAGGGGCUUAAACUCCACUCUAAAUGAUAAUGGACAAGGUGACAGUGGAGGUGGAGACCGUGAAAAAAGAGUAUGAAGAAACAAUAAAGAAACUAGAGGAACACAUCAAUUCAAUCCGAGAGCAUGGAAAAUCUGGAUUGGGGUUAUCCUCUGCGACAUCAGAAGAGAAGAGCUCACUCCCCAGGCUAAAUGGUCUCGCACAAGAUAGCUUAAAUCAUCUUCAGUCGCUGCAAUUCAAGCUUGAUCUCUUGGCACCUCAGAUGCCCAUUGGUGAUCAGGUCCAGGAUGCUCAGUCUCUGGCAGAAUCUUGGAAAAAACAAAUAGAUAGCCUGAGGUUGUCUUUGAGAAGUGCAAAUUUGCAAGCCAAGGCUAAUAUGAGGAAAACUGCGCAAGAAGAGAGAGAAUUGCUUCUGGGAGGUGGAGGAGAAUCUACCAUUCGUAGACGUAACCUACAGACAAAAGCCGGAAUGACAUCUGCAGCUGAAAGCAUCACAGAGAGCCUUCGCCGAACUCGCCAAAUGAUGGUUCAAGAGGUUGAAAGAAGUGCGAGCACUCUCAUGACAUUUGAGGGAUCAACAGAAGUGUUGAGAAAAGCUGAAAGUGAGUACAAGGGGCACCGCUCAUUGCUGAUGCGAACCCGUAACCUUCUAUCCACAAUGCAACGUCAGGAUGUUCUUGAUAGGGUGAUACUUGUUGUGGGGUUUCUUCUAUUCUCUUUGGCAGUUCUAUUUGUUGUCUCAAAGCGUAUUGGGCUACUAAGGUUACAGCAAAAAGUUAUGGAAGCUGUAAAGAGUGGGGGUAUGACUGGGAAAAUGGAGGUUGUACCUGGGGCGGCUGCAGGAGAUUUUGUGGCUCCUUUAAAUAUACCCUUAGAACAACAUAUGCAUGAUGAACUUUGAAUUUUAUUGUUUAUUUUCAAGUUACUGGUAACAUCCCUGUCUGCACUGUGCUGUUUGGGUGGAGAUCAGGAAUACAUUAUGAACAUUUUGUAUCAUGAUUCUAUAUAUAUAUUGGCAUUUUUUUAUGGUGUAUAGUUGUGUGUAGAAAAGGCCAUGUUACGUUCCUAAACAUCUACAGCUUUUGCAGAAUUGCAGGACUUCAGAAUCCGUUC